AGAAGUUUAGUUAAAUUAUCAUUAAUUUUCAAAUAUUUUUUAUGCAAAGAGUGUUUAGAAUAUAGGUAUUUAAUUCCUGAAUAACAAUUUUAAUGUACUAUUUCUAUUAUAAAUAUGAAUACGCCAAGAAGAUCAUCGAUUUUGAAAUUGCCCAAAGAAACACUGACUGUGUCAACAAUAGCGCCUGAAGCUGAAUCCAAAAAUCGGCGUGUAAAUUUUUCAUGUAGACGAAGUAUAAAAAUUUUCCAUGAUCAAAGUGAUAAUCAGGGAUCUUAUGAAAUUUCUGAUUAUGAUGUAACGGACAAACAUGAUAGUCCUCCACAUAAAAAGGAGAAAAGAUCCCAUGAAACUUGUAAUGAUGAUUUUAAGAAAAUAAGUGAGUACCAAGUUGCUGAUACCAAUAUUAAAAGCAAGCGCAGAACUAUCACAUUCAAUGGUACUGAAGCAGAUUUAGAAUUAACACAAGUGGCAGAAAGUAUUUUUGAUAAUAAAGAAAAUGAUAUUGUUCAGCCACAAGCUAAUGUGGUAGUAAAAAAUAAAAGAGCUACUAUUUUGUUUGGUGAACAUGAUGAUAAAAUGGAAAUCACCAUUGCAAAUGAUGCUGCCCAAAUUGAUACCGUGAGAAACAAACGAAUGACUAUAGUGUUUGAUGAUCAAGAUGGUGAAAUGGAAAUGACCAUUGCAAAUGAUGCUGCCCAAAUUGAUACAGUGAGAAACAAACGAACAACUAUAGUUUUUGCUGAACAAGAUAAUGAUAUGAAUCUGACUCUUUGUGAUAAUACAUCUCCAGGUGUUGGAGUCGAAACAAAUAAACGAAAAACUAUUGUAUUUGAAGAGCAUGAUAAUGAUAUGGAUAUGACUCUUCAAGAAACAUCAAUUUUGAAGACCAAUGAAUUACGACAACAUGAUGAGUGCUAUUCUAAUAAAGACUUAAUUUCCUCAGAAAGCAAUACAAUGAGAAAUAUUUUUGAAAAAAAUAAUGAAUCAGAAAGAACUGAGGCUUUAUGUAACAUGCAACCCAUUGUUCCUUCUGUUAUGGAGAAAAGCUCAUCAUUCAGUAAUAAAAAUGAUGAUAAUAUUAUUAUUGAUAAAUUUUCUAAUAAUGCAGUAAGUAAGACAUCCUUGAUGAAAUGUAAAGCAGUCGUAUGGAAAUAUCCAAACUUUGAGAAAAAUCCUGAAGCAUGUUCUAAUGAUACAGAAGCUGUUCAUACACAGCAAACAGUUUUGACCACGAAUCAUCUUUUAAACAAUAUUUUAUCUCCGGCAUUACAAAUUAAAUCUGAAGUUUCAGCAUCAUCAGUUCAAGUUGAAACAAUGGUUAACGAUGUGAGACCUGAAGCUGAAGAAAUAACACAAAUCUCUGAAUAUGCAAUUGAUAAUCAAAACAAUGCUGAAACCAAUAAUCAACAUCUUCAAAGAAAUUGUACAAGUAUAAUAUUUGGUGAUCAAAAGAAUAAUGUUGAGAGAAAGACCUUAGAUUAUAAUAAUUCAAUUUUCAAUGACAAUGCUUUAUCAAAAUAUAGUAUAUGCAAUUCUAGUAAGAGUUUAAUUCCUGCACUAGAAUGCACUUCUGAAAUAAAUAAUGAAUCUGAAAGGACUGAGGCUCUAUGUAACUUGCGACCUAAUGUGCCUUCUGUAUUUGACUUAACAUCUGGGUUAAACAAAGACGACAAUCGUAUCAUGAAUGAUAAUUCCAAACUGCUUGAUAAUUUAAAUCAAACCUCAUUAUUAAAAGCAAAUAAUGAAUCUCUAGUGCAAUGUUAUAAAACUUUUUUUACACCACAAUCAAAUUUAAAAUGUGAACAAAAAGAAUCAACUUCAGUGUUCAAUAGUACUGAAAACAGUAUCAUGAUGAGCAAAAAUAAUGAACUUCUUGAAAAUAAUUUGAAACAAACACCACUAACAAGAUCUAGGAAAGUGGCAACAGAUUUUCAUUCUGUUAUUGAUUUUAGUCUUGGAUUUAAUAAAGAUGAAAGCAGUACAAUACAUAAUAAAAACCAGUUAUUUCCACCAAAUAUUUUGGAACAAAAUUCAUUGAUAAAAUCUAAUAAUGUUGCUACAGGUCAAAGUUAUAAAAAUUCUUCAGGACAAUUAGAUUCAAAUGUAGUAAAACAGUUAAGUUCAAAUGAAGUUCAUGCUCUUGAUUCAGCAUCUAUAUUAAGCCAAAAUAAAAAUAGUUUUAUGAUUAACAGAACCAAUUCUUCCCUUUUACAAAAUAAUUUGCAACAAACAUUGAAACCACAAUUAGAAUCAUCAACUGUUAUAGAAAAGAGAACAAACCCUGUUACACCUUCUAUAUUCGAUAUAACAUCUGGGUUAAACAAAGAUGAAAGCAGCAUCAUUGCCAAAAGAAGUACUUUGCUUUCAAACAACUCGACUCAAACACCAUUAUAUUAUUCAAGCAACAUGCCUUCACAUCAAUUUUUUAAAAACAGUGCUCAACCAUAUCCACAUAUUACCGAAGCACCAACAGUAACAGCUGUUGAAAACAUUGCAUCGUCAACAAUGUACAUGGAUAUUGAUCAAACUGCAGCUCUGAUAGAUGUAUCUCAAGUAGAGCUCACACAAGUUGAAGAUGAUGAUGAUAUAUGCAACAAUGGAUCAUUAAUGGAUAGAAUAAAUAAUUUAUACAGAGACAUGAAAGUCUUUCCACUAUCUCCCAUAAAACCUUUUCAAUUUAAAAAAUCAGAAGAUUUUGAUUGUCUUUAUUAUGAAGAUAAACUUUGCCGCUAUUUGAUAAGUUUUACUGUUGCUGCAGAACCAAAAGUGGAUAAGCAAGAAAUUGAAAAAAUGGUGAAUGAACUGACAAAAGAAUAUGAUUCUGUGGCAGAGGAGUUCAGACAAUAUAAAAAAUCUAUGAUUGUUAAUAAUAAUUAA